AUAUCUCCCGAUGGGUGCAAGUGCAACCAGUGGCGCACGUUGAUCACCACUCCAAACGCCAUGGUGUCCUCUGGCUGCGCCGUCCUGCCACACCCCGCCGGAGUCGCCCCUCGUCGCCGGCAACACGUGCCCGCGCAGGCGUUCUGGGGGCCGGAGAGGAGGCGGCGGCUGAGCUUCGAGGCGCGGCCUCGGUGCCACAAGAUGUACGUUCCCGGCUUUGGAGAGGGCUCGCCAGAGAAAAAGGCGGCGAUCAGUCUGCUCAACUUCUUCAAUUACCUGGCUGUCAGGAUUGUGCUGGCACAGCUUGAGAGUUACAACCGAGAAGCAUAUGUUGAGCUCAAGGAGUUCACAAGCCGCAACUCCGUGAACGACGCUGAUAGCUUCUGCAAAAACCUAAUCCGUGAGUCGCCAAGGCACAAAGCAUUAGCUAUGAGGAUUUUGGAGGUUCGAUCGGCUUAUAUGAAGAAUGAUUUCGAGUGGGACAACUUGAAGAAGCUAUCGUUCAAGAUGGUUGAUGAGGCGAACAUAAAGCUCAUGAGGGACUAUGUCCUGGAGACCAGCCACAUAGAAGACGAAGAGUGAAGAUAUCCCAUGUAUCCUCGGCGCAUCUGCCGUGCAGGUCUCAGUCGAUCCGCACAGGGUCUGAUUAUAUUCUUUUAUUACUAUGUGCAGUUCAAAUCCGUGUAUUUGGGACUGGAAAUGGUCAGAUCACGUGACGACGCCGCUAUGGGGUUACACCACCCUGACACUGAACCAGUGGUUGGGUCAUAUAGAUAACAGUUUGUUGCUUACACGACAUGCUGAAUCAAGCAUUGCUCACUCUGUUUCGCAAUGUAAUGCAUUUUAGUUUUGUCCAGUCAA